GGGGGGGGGAAUGAGCCCUGCUGCAGCGUUCCCUCAUUUCUCAAAGCAACGCAAGGAGAAAGCCAGCCUGCCGCUCUUCCUUGCAGAAGAGAUGGGGUGACAAAGGGAUGAGCUGCACGUAAAGGUUGGCGAUGAGCCCAGCCUUCCCUCGGCCCCCCUCCUGCUGUGGGACAAGGAGAACCAGGGAUGGACCCCCAGAGGCAGGCAGGUGCGGAUGCAGCGGAGCCCCUCACUCACCCGUACCGGCCGCGGAGCCGCUCCCCGCCGCGCUGCUGGCUCAGGUCCAACCCAUACCAAGCUGACCUGCUGCGGGACGGCGUGCGGAGGUACCUGCAGCUGCCAGCAGAGCAGACGGUGCUCAUACUGCAUGCCAAAGUCGCCCAGAAGUCGUAUGGCAAUGAGAAAAGGUUUUUUUGCCCCCCACCUUGUGUUUACCUGGGCGGGCCAGGAUGGAAGUUAAAGCAGGAGCAGCUAACAGCCAGGGACGUGGGAGAGGCAGGGCUCCGUGUGUGGGGCUACAUGGGGCUGGACACCAUGGGCAGCAGCCUGAUGGAGACACAGAAGCUCAGCUUUGAGGAGCAGCCGGAUGCAAAGGGGUUUGGCUGUGCCAAGGCUCUGUACAUCUCAGAUGCGGAUAAGUGCAAGCAUUUCCGCCUGGUCCUGAAGCUCUUCUUCAGCAACGGGCAGGAGAUCGGCACCUUCCACAGCAAGCUGAUCAAGGUCAUCUCCAAGCCCUCGCAGAAGAAGCAGUCACUGAAGAACACGGAUCUGUGCAUCUCCUCGGGCUCCAAGGUGUCUCUCUUCAACCGCCUGCGCUCACAGACCGUCAGCACCCGCUACCUGUCCGUGGAGGGGGGAGCCUUCAUCGCCAGUGCCAGGCAAUGGGCAGCCUUCACCCUCCACCUGGCUGAUGAGCGCUGCACCCGAAGCGAGUUCCCCCUGCGGGAAGGGUACAUCCGCUAUGGCUCUGUGGUUCAGCUCAUCUGCACGGCCACCGGCAUCACCCUGCCACCCCUGAUCAUUCGGAAGGUGAGCAAGCAGUACGCUAUGCUGGACGUGGACGAGCCCAUCUCCCAGCUCCACAAGUGUGCCUUCCAGUUCCAGGGCAGCGACCACAUGUACUUGUGUCUGUCCACAGAGAAAGUCAUCCAGUUCCAGGCAUCACCCUGUCCAAAGGAAGCCAACCGGGAGCUGCUGAACGAUGGCUCCUGCUGGACCAUCAUUGGCACCGAGACGGUGGAGUACAGCUUCAGUGAGAGCCUGGCCUGUGCCCGUGAGCCCGUCAGCCCUGUGCCACUCAUCACAGCCCUGCAGCUCAGUGGUGGAGGGGAUGUGGCCAUGCUGGAGGUGCAGGGAGAGCAUUUCCAUGCUCACCUCAAGGUCUGGUUCGGUGACGUGGAAGCAGAGACGAUGUACAGGAGCCCCAAAUCCCUGAUGUGUGUCGUCCCCGACGUCUCUGCCUUCAGCAGCGACUGGAGGUGGCUGCGGUACCCCAUCACUGUCCCACUCCUGCUGGUCAGGGAUGAUGGCCUCAUCUACUCCAGCUCCUUCACCUUCACCUACACCCCAGAGCAGAGCUUCCUCCCAGGGCAGCAGCUCCCUGCCGACGUCCCGCAGGACUCAGAUGCACUGCUCAACAGCAUCCACCAGGAGUUCACCAGGACCAACUUCCACCUCUUCAUGCAGAGCUAGUGAGCUGGGGGGCAGCAUUCAUUGCCAGCGACCCUGGGGACAACAGUGUCCCCAUGCCAUGCCCAAGAGUCCCCUGUACACCUGCUGUGUCCUGACCCGCUGUAUCUGCUGUAUGUAACAGCAGAGAUCUCCCAUGAGGGCACCAAUAAAUCACACUGCAUGGACUCUUUACCAA